CAGAAAACUUGCUUGCCUUUCUGCUUUACCUUCUUCCUCUCUGUCUGCGCUCUAACCCUAAGAGCACCUCCCCUGCGCCGUCCGAACAUAAAUGGCGGAGACUCCCAAGAGAGCCGUGCAUUCCACGAGAAGCUCCAAGCAACCGCCGUCGUCCGCCACCAAACCCCUGCCGUCGCUCACGCCUUCGACCCCCCAAACCUCGACCCCUCGCCGAUCAACUCGCCGGACCUCGCUGAGUUUUGACUCGGAGACUCCGCGGAAACAGAUCGAUCUCAUUGAGAAGGCGAUUGGGGAUUCGGUGAAGGAAACUCCGAGAGAUGCGAAGACCCCGAGGAGAAAAUCCAGUGGAAUUCCCAAAACUCCCGAUGUGAAAACCCUAGAUUCUGCGAAAAAGGAUAAAAAACCUAAUCGGAAAGGGGAGAAAGGUCUGGUAGAUGACAAAGUUUCACUCUCUCCAGUAUCGCCGGAGCAACCGGAGUCGAGGAAGAGAAAACGGGAAAAUGGGAGAACGGUGGUUACUCGAGCUAUGGCUUCGAAAGGUAAGAGCUCCGAAAAGAAGAAGAAGGUCGUGCACGAUGGCGGAGAAUUCGAGGUCGGAGAUGAUGUGUAUGUGAGGAGGAGAGAGGGCGCGAGCUCAGACGAUGAAGACCCCGAAAUGGAGGAGUGCAGGGUGUGCUUCAAGUCUGGAAAAGCAGUGAUGAUUGAGUGCGAUGAUUGUCUAGGUGGGUUCCAUUUGAAAUGUCUGAAACCGCCAUUGAAGGAGGUUCCGGAAGGAGAUUGGAUUUGUUGGUUCUGUGAGGCUGGCAAGAUGGGAAAAAGGGUUCAGCUUCCGGUGCCGACAAAAGGUGGGUCGGUAUCGAAGAAACGAGUGCAUUACAAGAAGGUCGUGCACGAUGGCGGAGAAUUCGAGGUCGGAGAUGAUGUGUAUGUGAGGAGGAGAGAGUACGCGAGCUCAGACGAUGAAGACCCCGAAAUGGAGGAGUGCAGGGUGUGCUUCAAGUCUGGAAAAGCAGUGAUGAUUGAGUGCGAUGAUUGUCUAGGUGGGUUCCAUUUGAAAUGUCUGAAACCGCCAUUGAAGGAGGUUCCUGAAGGAGAUUGGAUUUGUUGGUUCUGUGAGGCUCGCAAGAUGGGCAAAAGGGUUCAGCUUCCGGUGCCGCCCAAAGGAAAGAAACUGGUAAGAACAAUGAGGGAGAAACUUCUUUCCAGUGAUUUGUGGGCUGCUCGUAUUGAAAGGAUAUGGAAAGAAGUGGAUGGUAGCUACUGGUGUAGUGUACGUUGGUAUAUUAUCCCUGAAGAGACUUCUUCCGGAAGACAACCACAUAAUCUGAAGAGGGAGCUUUAUCGCACUAAUGAUUUUGCUGACAUUGAGAUGGAAUGUGUCUUGCGACAUUGUUUUGUCAAGAACCCUAAAGAAUAUACCAAAGCCAGUGACGAAGGGGAUGAUGUUUUCUUAUGUGAAUAUGAAUAUGACAUUCAUUGGCACAGUUUCAAAUGUCUUGCUGAGAUUGAUGAUGAUGAAGAGGAUGCUGACAGUGAUGAAGAUUGGAAAGUCAGCAAGGAUGUAGACUCUGACACUAAUGCUGAAGAAACUGACAGUAAUGAACAUUGGAAAGUCGGCAAGGAUGUAGACUCUGGCACUGAUGAUGUGUUGUAUGAUGAAGAGGAGAGCAUUCGAAAUAUACGAGCUAAAUCAUGUUCAGCUCAUAAGUUAGCUGCUAACUCAAGAAAGGGACGGUUCUUUGGACUUGAAAAGGUAGGGAUGAAGAAAAUCCCAGAGCAUGUAAGAUGCCACAAGCGAACUGAACUUGAAAGAGCAAAAGCAGCACUUGUGUUGGCCUCGAUGCCAAAGUGUCUUCCUUGCAGGAAUAAGGAAAUGGAGGAGAUUACUUCCUUUAUCAAAGAUGCUAUAUGUGAUGAUCAGUGUCUUGGUCGUUGCCUGUACAUCCAUGGUGUUCCUGGAACUGGGAAGACAAUGAGUGUCCUGACAGUAAUGAAGAAUCUAAGGUCUGAAGUUGAUGCAAGAAGCAUAAGGCCUUACUGUUUUGUGGAGAUUAAUGGUCUAAAGUUGGCAUCACCAGAAAAUAUAUAUAGGGUUGUAUAUGAAGCAUUGAGUGGGCACAGAGUUAGUUGGAAAAAGGCUCUUCAAUUGUUGAAUGACCGAUUUUCAGAAGGCAAAAAGUUUGGCAAAGAGGAUGACCGACCUUGUAUUCUUCUCAUUGACGAACUUGAUCUUCUUGUUACCAGAAAUCAGUCGGUUCUUUACAACAUUCUUGAUUGGCCUACUAAACCACAUUCCAAAUUGAUUGUGAUAGGCAUAGCAAAUACAAUGGAUCUUCCAGAGAAGUUGCUUCCUCGUAUUUCAAGCCGUAUGGGAAUCCAAAGGCUUUGCUUUGGACCCUAUAACUUUCAACAACUUCAAGAAAUCAUUUUGAGUCGCCUUAAAGGAAUUGAUGCAUUUGAAAAACAAGCUAUAGAGUUCGCUUCAAGAAAGGUAGCAGCUAUUUCAGGAGAUGCUCGUCGUGCUCUAGAGAUUUGCAGGCGUGCAGCAGAAAUCACUGACUAUCGUGUAAAAAAACUGAGGUCAAAUCCAAUUAACGCUUCUGAAGGAAAAGCUAUUGUCGGCAUGGCAGAUGUUGAAGCAGCCAUUCAAGAGAUGUUCCAGGCACCUCAUAUUCAAGUGAUGAGAAGUAGUUGUAAACUGAGUAAAAUUUUCUUGACUUCCAUGGUGCAUGAGCUCUAUAAAAUGGGAAUGGGUGAAACCACCUUUGAAAAGUUGGCAAUGACCGUUUCAUGUCUCUGUACAAGCAAUGGAGAAGCAUUUCCUGGACAUGACACACUCUUGAGAGUCGGGUGUAAGCUUGGUGAAUGCAGGAUUAUCCUAUGCGAAUCGGGGGCUAAACACAGGUUGCAAAAGUUACAGCUCAACUUUCCAAGUGACGAUGUAGCAUUUGCACUGAAGGACAGCAAGGAGCUACCUUGGUUGACCAAGUAUCUUUGAUUUAAGUCCAAGCAAAAAACACAAAGAACAUUAUCGAAAAUUAAAAAUAUAUUUAUUCAUAAAGAGCAGCAAUUUUGACCUUCCAUCGUGGUUUUUACUUUUUAAUUAUAUAUUCUUGUUGUAAACUGAGGUAUUUACCAUACUUGGA